CGGCUUCUUUCAGCGCCCGGUAGCCGGAGCGGGUGGGCCGGGGCCGGGGGCUGGAGUAUGGCGGCGGCCGACCAGGCGGCGCACUCUCGCGGCUGAGGGUUGGCACCACCUCCCCUCCCGGAGCCGCGGAGGGGGCGGGCGAGAGGCGGAGGCGGAGACGGAGACGGACGGGCGGCGGUUAGCGGGUCGGCGGCACCGGCCCAACAUGAAGCUGAAGAAGCAGGUGACGGUGUGCGGCGGCGCCAUCUUCUGUGUGGCCGUCUUCUCCCUCUACCUGAUGCUGGACCGGGUGCAGCACGACCCGAACAGGAGGCAAACCGGGGUCCACUUCCCCAGGAGUCAGAUCUCGGUGCUCCAGGAUCGCAUUGAGCAACUGGAACAGCUUUUGGAGGAAAAUCACCAGAUAAUCGGUCACAUCAAAGACUCUGUGCUGGAGCUGACGGAGAACUCGGAUGGGCUGCCGGGAAUGCUCUCAUACCAGAACAAUGCCUCCUGGAUAUUGCCCAUGGACAAUUAUCCCACCUUCCUCUCAGUCUCACCACAAGACUGCCAGUUUGCACUUGGAAAUAGAGGGGAGAAAACUGAGCUCCAGAUGCUGGACGUGUAUUCAAUGCUGAAAUUUGACAACCUGGACGGUGGGGCUUGGAAACAGGGCUUUGACAUCACGUACGACACGGCCGAGUGGGAUGAGGAGCCACUGCAGGUCUUUGUGGUGCCGCACUCCCACAACGACCCAGGCUGGAUCAAAACGUUUGAUAAAUAUUACCAGGACCAGACGCAGCACAUCCUGAACAACAUGGUGGUGAAGCUUCAGGAGGACAAGCGCCGACGCUUCAUCUGGGCUGAGAUCUCUUUCUUCUCCAAGUGGUGGGACAACAUUGACGCUCAGAAAAGGGCAGCAGUCUGCAGCCUGGCAGCUAAUGGUCAGUUGGAGUUUGUGACGGGAGGCUGGGUGAUGACCGAUGAAGCAAACUCUCACUAUUUUGCAAUGAUCGACCAGCUGAUUGAGGGGCACCAGUGGCUGGUGAGAAAUGUUGGAGUGGUCCCAAGAUCUGGUUGGGCAAUCGAUCCAUUUGGACACAGCUCGACCAUGGCCUACCUGCUUAGACGCUCCAAUUUGACCAGCAUGCUCAUCCAGAGGGUCCACUACUCCAUCAAGAAACACUUUGCAGCUACCAAGAGCCUGGAGUUCAUGUGGCGACAGAGCUGGGACACUGACUCUAGCACUGACAUCUUAUGUCAGCUUAUGCCGUUCUACAGUUAUGACGUCCCUCACACCUGCGGACCUGACCCCAAAAUCUGCUGCCAGUUUGACUUCAAACGCUUACCGGGUGGACGCGUCAGCUGUCCGUGGAAAGUCCCUCCCAAGCCCAUAACAGACAAGAACGUGGAAGAGCGGGCGAACUUGCUGCUGGAUCAAUACCGGAAGAAGUCCAAACUGUUCCGUAGUAAAGUGGUUCUGAUUCCCCUCGGAGAUGAUUUUCGCUACGAUAAGGCUCUGGAGUGGGAUCAGCAGUCGCAGAAUUACCAGAAACUGUUCGAUUACAUGAAUUCUCAUCCAGAACUUCACGUGCAAGUUCAGUUUGGGACACUUUCUGAAUACUUCGAUGCUGUUUAUAAGAAGAAUGCCGUUAGCCCGGGCAGCAGGCCGGUGGGCUACCCUGUCCUCAGCGGCGACUUCUUUGCAUACGCUGACCGGGAGGACCAUUACUGGAGUGGGUACUUCACCUCCCGGCCCUUCUAUAAGAAUCUAGAUCGAGAGUUGGAAUCGCACCUCAGAGCUGCUGAGAUUCUGUACAGCCUGGCUCUGAGUCUCGCUCGACGCUCAGGCGCAGACGGCAGAUACCCUGUGUCUGACUACAGCUUUCUGGUGGAAGCACGGCAGAACCUGGGGCUCUUCCAGCACCAUGAUGCCAUCACUGGCAGCAAAGAAUUGGUCGUGAUUGACUAUGGUGUCCGGCUUGUGACCUCCCUCAUGAAUUUGAAGCGAGUAAUAAUUAACGCAGCGCACUAUAUGGUGUUACAGGACAAGAACACCUACAGAUAUGACCGGUCCUCACUCUUCCUACAGCCGGAUGACAAGCGCCAAAACCAUGAAUCGUUGCCGGAGAAAACCGUGAUUAAACUGGAGUCUCUCCCCAGAUUCUUGGUCACAUUUAACCCUGUGGAACAAGAGCGUCUCUGCAUCAUUUCCAUUCGCACCAGCUCUCACCGGGUCAAGGUUGCAACUGAAGAUGGGCAACCUCUGCCCACACAGAUCAGCCCCGUGUGGCAAUCUGCCACCAACAUGGCAAAUGACGUAUAUGAGGUCUCCUUCAUGGCUCGACUUCCUGCUCUGGGACUCAGUGUGUUCCAGUUGUCCCAGACCUUUAAUAUUCACGCUCUGGUGAGAGCCCACUCGGCCAUCUACCUCCGCGGCGAAGGCCUGAGUGUGAACAAGAGGGAGCCGUUUAGCGUGAAGAUCCUGGAGUCCUCAACCAAGAAUUUCUUCAUUGAGAAUCAGCAUAUGCAAGUCUGGUUUAAUGGGGUGACGGGGCUGUUGGAGGGUAUUAGACGGAAAGAUGACCAGCAGGAACGGAAGAUCCAGGUGGAGUUUAUGUGGUAUGGUACCCGCCCAACUAAGGACAAGAGUGGGGCAUAUCUUUUUCUACCCAAUGGCGAAGCCAUGGCCUACUUUUCCGAAAACCCAUCUGUUACUCGUGUGACUGAAGGCCCCUUGGUCUCUGAGGUCAACACUUCCAAUCGGAACUUCCACCAGUAUGUUCGCCUUUACCAUCUGCCAGGGGUCGAGGGACUCUCCUUGGAUGUUUCUAUUGUUGUUGACAUUCAUGAUCAAAUGAAUCGGGAGCUGGCAAUGCGGUUGUCCACCGACAUCAAGAGUGGAGACACUUUCUUCACCGAUCUGAAUGGUUUUCAGAUUCAGCCACGGAGAUACCUUCAGAAGCUGCCUCUUCAAGCCAAUUUCUACCCAAUGUCAACCAUGGCCUAUAUUCAGGAUGAGCACUCGCGGCUCACUCUGCACACGGCACAGGCACUGGGAGUGUCCAGUUUGCACAGCGGUCAGCUGGAGGUUAUCCUGGACCGUCGGCUCAUGCAGGAUGAUAACCGGGGCCUGGGGCAGGGGCUGAAGGACAACAAAGUGACCUGCAAUCAAUUCCGCAUCCUGCUGGAGAAGAGAGAGAGCUCGAACAAAGUGCAGGAUGGCAGGCCAGUCAGCUUUCCCUCUUUGCUGAGCCACAUGACCUCCAUGUAUGUGAACCACAAGGUCAUGGCCCUGCCGGUGAUUCCCCGGCCCCAGAUCGUUCCGCCAGUGAGGUCUUGGAAGCCGCUCUCGGCAAGCGUGCCAUGCGACACGCACAUCCUGAACCUAAGAACUCUGCAGUCCGAGGUGGCUUCAGCCCCCGGCUCGGAGUCUGCACUAAUUCUCCAUCGCAAAGGAUUUGACUGCAGCCUGGAGGCCAAGACCUUGGGCUUCAAUUGCAGCACCACCCAUGGCAAGCUCUCAAUCGAGAAUCUGUUUCAAGGCCUAGACAUUCGGAGUGUCCAACCCACGUCUCUGUCCCUGCUCUAUCCGUCUGAGCCGUUAAACAACAGUGGCCUUAUUUCCAUGAAGUCGAUGGAAGUUUCCACAUUCCAGAUCCGGAUGGUUUGAACAAGCUCCUGGUUACAGGUAAAGACAAGCUAGCAGCAUAUUAGCAGUAGGACUGUGGCAGGAUUGUAUAUGAGGAGUGAGCACUCGGUGCUUGGAAUCCAGCCGAUCAGUACAGAGAAGCACAAACGCAAUGUAACCCAGGACCAAACUUGUGUGAAUAUUAGACUGCACUCGACGACAGCACCAGACAGUGACUUCCGAAACAGUGCUUAAAAAAACAAACCUUGUAGAUAUACGAGUCGUAAGGAUAACAUUGGAGUGAAGGAAAUUCUUGCGCGGUAUGUGAACUUCGUUCAUCGCCUCCUUUAGUGUGGCUUGUGGUUUCUUAACUUGAGAAGAAAGACUGAAUUUCAGUAUCAGGAAUCUGAAAGAGCCAAGUGGGCUUUAGCCUUUGCACAUAAUUAUAACUGUGAUUUUAAAGGGGGUUGGGAUGGGGGGGAGAGACAGAACACUAAACCAUGGACAUGAAGAUAAAACUGAAUGUAGUACGAGCGUGUGGGCAUUUGGAAGAAAGCCUUUGCAGUCGACCUCUGCCGAUUCUACAUAUCAAGAGAAGACGAAGGGAAGCUGGUGAUGGUGUGUGAAUUGAUGCACGGUUGCACACAGCAACGGGACAGAGGAUUUCCUAGGGUUUCUGAAAGAGGCAUCAUGAGUUAUGGACUUUUGUUUUCUAUUCAAUAAUGUGGACUUUUAACUGUCGAACUGAUGACACUUGCAAUCUAAAUAAAGCAGGGAGCAAUUUGUUCCUGUCUACCUAUCCUCGGGUGGAAGAUCUCCUGACACUA